AUGAUUUCUAUCCAUACAACCAUAUGGUUUAAAUCAUAUGUACAAGAAUCUUUUCGCAAAACACUUUUAUCCAAAUUAAAUUCUCUUUUCAUAUAGAAUGAUUUGGUUUGA